CCAAAACCUCUGUUUUUUUUUUGGCGGGUGUAACCAAAACUCUGUUUUUAACCAAGCCCAAUUAAUUAAGAAAACGUUCUUCUGGUCGUGAUAAUUACCAAAACUAGUGUAAUCUAAUUUUAUUACUUCACUCAAUCAAUUUCUCUGCAUUAAAACUGCUGCAGCUUUGUAAUUAAAAACUUGUUCCCAUCUUUAAAAAAUUAAUUGAUUGCUCUGCGACUCCCCAAAAACCAGCUACUUAUUGGAUCGCACGCAGUAGCAGAACACAUUUGAGAAAUCAUGAGACCCAAAAUCUGUCUUUUUGGUGAUUCAAUUACUGAAGAAUCUUUCAGCAAUGGAGGUUGGGGAGCUUCACUUGCUAACCAUUUCUCUCGUACGGCUGAUAUAGUGGUGAGAGGAUACAGUGGGUACAACACCAGAUGGGCGGUGAAAGUGUUGGAUAAGGUGUUUCCAGCGGUGGAUGAGGCGGCGCCAGUGGCGGUGACGGUGUUUUUUGGGGCCAAUGACAGUUGUCUUCAUGAUCGUUAUGCUGCUUUUCAACACGUGCCUUUGGAUGAAUACAAAGACAACUUACGGUCCAUUUUCACUUUCCUCAAGAAAAGAUGGGAGACUACUGUUAUUCUCUUCAUCACGCCUCCUCCAAUUGAUGAAGCUGGACGUUUGAUGCACCCAUAUAUUGAGAAUCCAAGUGGUCUUCCAGAGAGGACAAAUGAAGCUGCUGGUGCCUACGCCAAAGCUUGUGUUGAUGUUGCGAGAGAAUGUGAAACUCCAGUAGUUGAUAUGUGGACCAAGAUGCAAGAAUUCUCUGAUUGGAAAAAUUCAUGUCUCAGUGAUGGGCUGCACCUCGCUCAAGGCGGCAACAGGAUUGUGUUCGAGGAAGUUGUCAAGAAAUUGAAGGAGGUGGGAGUGAGUCUAGAAUUGCUGCCCGUUGAUCUUCCACUAUUCUCGGAAAUCAAUCCAAAAGAUCCUCUUAAAUCUUUUGAGAACUGAAGCCAUUGCUUGUUGAGCAUUGAACCAUUCUUUGGUAUAACCUUCAGUUCUCUUGCUUGGAAUGAACGCUUUGUCAAUCAGCGUUUAAUCUAGUUACUGCAGUAUAUCAUAAAGAACUUGUAAGCAAAUGUUUACAAACAAAUAAGGUGGUGUAUUUCGCCACUGCGUAUCAUUUUGUCAAAUGGUUCGGUGCUCAGGUUGCUCUUAGUGAAUCGUAAAAUCGUUAUGCCC